GAUACAUAAUUAAUUAGAUUUCAUGUGGUAUUAUACCACGUAACCCCAAUUGCACAUGUUACAGUGUAAUUUUGUAUAUAAAAAAAUAGAAACGUUAGCUUAGCUUAGGCUAGACAUUAUAUUCCAUACUCUAUAUUACAUUGAUUUUGUAUGGAAGCUCAAUAAUUUACAGGCCCAUCUUAACUGAAUAUUCAAAACUAAAGACCACAUAUCCAAUCAAAUAAAGUAAGGUUGAAUGGACUUGUACGCAUAAGACUUGAUCGCCCAAAGUCCACAUAGAACCUAACAACUAAGCUUAAAAGAACCAAUUAUCUUCCUCUUCCUCUUCCUUCUCCUCGUCUUCAACUAAUGGCUGAUCACAAGAACACUUCUUUCGAGGAAAAAUCUUUCACAAGCUUAACCAAUUGCUUAAAAAGUUCAUUAGUAAUGGAUUAUAACUCACUAGAAAAAGUCUUCAAUAAUAGUUCCCCUUUCCAACCGAUUUCACCGUCCAGUAUGGGACAAAUAGCGAAUUACCCUUACUUAAACCUCAAUCCGUAUUCUCCAAUAGUCUCUUCUUCCUCCAAUGAAGCCGACCCUAAAGAAAGCCUCGGAGAUAAGAUCUCAAUGGAGGAUCAUGACGGAGACCAACGUGGUGUUGGUGAAAGCUCCAAGCAGUUGACAAAACAAGGUAAAGGAAAAGGAGAGAAGAAGGAAAGAGAAGCUAGGGUUGCUUUUAUGACCAAAAGCGACAUUGAUCAUCUUGAAGAUGGUUAUAGAUGGAGAAAAUACGGACAAAAAGCCGUCAAGGACAGCCCUUAUCCAAGGAGUUACUAUAGGUGCACAACGCAAAAAUGUAACGUGAAGAAACGCUUAGAGAGAUCGUCUCAAGAUCCCUCGAUCGUAAUCACAACCUACGAAGGCAAACACAACCAUCCGAUCCCGUCGGGUUUGAGAGGUCCUGUCAUUGCGGAACAUCUAUUAGGUAACCGUGAAAAUGGUCUGCUCCAUAGCUUCCCACGUCACCAUCGAGAGUUUCUUAUGAUGAAUCAUUCUCCGGUCAAUUAUCAGUCGGUGGGAUCUGUACCGUACGAACAUAGUCGUCCUAACUCUAGUAAUCUACGUGAAGUUGUUGACUAUGGUCUUCUUCAAGACAUUGUUCCUUCAAUGCUUUUGAAGCACGAAUCUUGAAAGAGAGAGAGAGAGAGAGAUAUCGAAAUACUUAUUUAGGUCAUAUAUAUGGGUAUAUGAUGCAUUUAUGAAUACAUUUAUAUAAGUAGAUAUAUUUACUAUACAUGUAUGUGUAUAUAUUUCACAGACAAGACAACCUACUAAUUAUUUGGACUUUUAGUUCAUAAAAUAGUUAUGCUUCGUGAA